GAGACAGUUCUCUCUACAGGUUGGCACGUCUAGGCGUCCCAAAGACACUUGACGACAGCGGCAAGUCUCAACAUCGACAAGAAAAAAAUGAAUUUGUUUCCAGGUGUUCUGAUAAUGGUCCUGGUGACCUCACAACAGUAUGCUGUUGCGCUGAACUCGACGGCUACCACUACCAUAGUGCCAACAACAACCAAAACAGCCACCACCACACCACCACCAUCAACAACAACCAAAACAGCCACCACCACACCAGCAUCAUCAACAACUACUAAAACAGCAACUACAACACCUGCACCAUCAACAACUACAAAAACAGCAACCAUCACACCAGCACCUUCUACAACAACAACCAAAUCAGCCACCACUACACCAGCAACAUCCACAACCACUAAACCCUCUACUACAACAGCUUCUCUUGUCAAAUCCCAGUGCGGUGUCGCCAACAGCUCCAAGACGUGUGAGUACCCUUGGAUGGUGAUGAUCUACGAUAAACUACACCAGACUGUCUGCAGUGGCUCCAUCAUUGACGACAGGCACAUCCUGACGGCUGCCCACUGCUUCGUACACCGGGACCCCACGACCGGUGCCAUCAGCUACUCGUCGUCCUACGACCUGACCGUCUACACGGGCUCCAGCGUCAUGCCGUUUGACGCCAGCGUCCCCGGUGUGGUCAGCAGAAACGUCGUCACCAUAGCAACACACCCAAACUACGACCCAAAGUCCUUCACAAACGACAUCGCCCUCCUCGACUUGAACUUACCCAUCACAUUUGACACGUGCCACAAGCCCAUCUGUCUGGUUGACGGUUCCAAAACUCCACAAAUGGCAUCAGGCUGUAGAGCUAUGGGCUGGGGACUUAACGCCAGUACUGUCGUGGCCAGAGACACUGAUGAGAGGUUAGCACGGGCACUGGCCAGCUCGAGUGGUACCUAUGAGAGCACCAUAAAGUGGGCGGAUGUACCAGUCGUGUCUGACGUCACCUGUCAAAACACCUACGGUACCUACUACACCGGAAGUAACUUCUGCGCUGGAUCUUCUGUGAACAAUUCCUGUCGGGGCGACUCUGGCGGUCCACUGGCCUGUAAAGAAGCAGACGGCCGCUAUUACCAGUACGGCAUCGUGGUAGCCGGGGACUGUGGCUAUCCUGGCCUCUACACCAAGGUCUCCAGUUUUCUCCCCUGGAUAGAACAGAUGAAGAUAUUAAUGACGAUGGUCGCUUAGGCGAAGUCAAAGUUUCGAAUGGACUCAUGUGAACUGUUCGAUAUCAUGAAGAAAUAAAGGCAUCAAAAUCACC